GCCGAGGAGCUGAUCCUCGGCAGCAGCCGGCCGCCGGGCUCGGCGCUGCUGCGGCUCAGCUGCCAGCCGCGCGCCUCCGUCCAGGAGCCGCGCCCCUGCCAGAUGACCAUCAGGCCCGGAGAGCCGGUGACGGCGGUCGUGGCGGACCCGAACGGCGAGGAGCUGUACAUCGGCCAGCCCAGCGGCGCCGUGCGACUGUACAACCUGGCCUCGGGCCGCGAGACCCGCAGCUUCGUCGGCCACGGAGAGCCCAUCACAAGUCUGGCGCUGCUGGCGGACGGCACGCUGCUGGUGAGCGGCGCCGCCGACGGACAGCUGAGCGUCUGGGAGACGAGCUCCGGCGUGCGGCUGGCUGUCACGGCCGCCCACCGGCGUCGCGUCGCCUGCCUGGCCGUCCAGCCGGACACGGACGAGUUCGCCUCGGUCGGCUGGAGCUGUGACGUCAAGCUGUGGCGGUUCCGGUCAUCGUCGGGACUCGGCUCGCUCGGCUCCGGCGGUGGCGAGCUGCAGGAGCUGCGGGUGCUGUGCCAGGAGACGCAGCCCUUCAGCUGCGCCGCCUUCCACCCGACGCGGCCACUGAUCGCCACCGGCGGCUGGGACGGCAAGAUCAAGAUCUGGGACACGACCGACAUGCAGCGGAAGGCGGUGCGGCACGGUCACAUGGCGGCGGUGCGGUGUCUGGCCAUCUCGCCAAACGCCGACUACCUCGUGUCAGGAGACCUUGCCGGGUGCCUCAUCAUCUGGGGCACCAAACACGGCGACCCGAUCCAGAAGGCGUUCGUGCACAAGGGUGCCGUGCAGGCCGUCUGCUACCUGAGUGGACAGAGAUUCGUCUCCGCGGGCGCCGACGGCGACGUGAAGAUGUGGCGCGCGCACGUCGGUGAGGAGGUGCUGCGCGUGCCGUCCGCCUCGGCCGUGGUGCUGGCGUGCACCGCUGCCGCCGGCGGCGUGCUCACGGUCAGCCUCAGCGGUCAGGUGGCCAUGGCGGAGGCGGCCAGCGGCGCGCCGCGCUGGUCGCGCCGGCUCGAGAACGUGACGGCGGCGGUGUGCGACGGCCAGCGCGCCUACCUGGCUGCCGGGCGUGCGCUGCACGUGCUGCGACUGAGCGACGGCCACUCGGAGCGACAGCUGGCGCCGGACGCGCGCAUCACCAGCCUCACCUGCAUGCCCGAGGGCGCCGACGACAGCCACCUGGGCGUUGCCAUGCUCGGUCUGGAGGACGGCCGGGUGGCGGUGGCGCUGGCGGACCGCGGCGACCUUGUCUCCAGCCUGGCGCACGCGGGCGAAGUCACCUGCCUGGCGUUGACCAGCGACCCUAUCCUGGCCUCCGGAGGACGGGACGGCAUGGUUUUGCUCUGGACGUCGGACGACGGCUGGCGGGCGCCGGUCCGCUCGCUGGAGGCGUUCUCCGUGCCUGUGUCGGCGCUCGCCUGGUUGGAGAACAGCCUGCUGGCGGCCGGCCAGGACUCGCAACUGGUGGUCUACGCGGACGCCGACAAGCCCGACAGCGACGAGCUGACUCGGCGGGUCAUCACCGGCAACGACGCGCCCGUCUGCUCGCUGGCCGUGGCGGGUAACCACGUGCUGAGCGCCACGGCCGGCGGUCAGGUGCUGCUGUGGACGAGCCGGCUGGUGCCGAUGCACUGUGCAGCCAGCUUCGGCGAUCACACUGCCGACGUCAGCAGCGUGACCGUGACAAAGAACAGCCUGCUGUCAGCGUCGCUAGAUGGCAGCGUCAAGCUCUGCUUGGACGCGGAUGGCGCGCUCUCGUUCACCGCCGCUGGCGUCAUGCCUGACGGCGUGUUCGCCGUGCACGUGACCCUGGAGCCGGCCGGCGGCGGCCACCACAAGCUGGACUGCGGCGCCGAUCCGGACCCGGCCGUGAUGCAGGUGCGCGCGCUGGGGACCUCGACGCUAGUGGCCUGCGACAGGAACGGCAUGGUCUGUCGGCUGGAACAGUCGGAGCGCCUCAACGUGCUGCGCGUGGUGUGGGGCCAUCCGACCGCCCCUACCGCCCUGCUGGUGACCGACACUGAGCUGGUGCUGGGCGACGCCGCCGGCCGGCUCUGGUGCCGCUCCGGCGCUGAGUACAGCUGCACCAAGGUGGGCGAGUUCGAGUUCGCCAGCUGCGUGCGCCACUGCGCGCUGGUGGCGGCGCCGGCUGCCGGCCUGCCAACGGGCCUAGUGUGCGGCGACGACCGCGACCACGCCACCGACGACCCGACGCCAGAACUGACCAGCCCCGCGCGCGACCCGCCGUCGUGCGCCGACCCGCGCCCGGAGUAG